CUCACUUGUUUUGCAUUCAACUUGUGGUAGUCGCGUAGCCGAUGCACGUGUUGUUAUUUUUUUUGCAACGCAUUUAAUAAAUAGUUUGCCAAAACAGAAAAUACUUGAGGAAUAGGCACAAUGGGUCGUCAAAAUCGCUCGCGCAAACGUCGCGAUGAAAUGAACAAAAUCAAAAAGGAGCGCUACGAUGCCAAGGAGUUAAUACGCCUCAAGAAGACGCUGGGACUCUUGGAUGCAGAUGGCAAGGAAAUCAAGAUGGAAAUUGCCGAAGUGGCUGAAAUCAAGACAGCCAAGGACAUUAAACGGGAUGCCAAAUCGAAGGAAGAGCGUGAAUUGAUGUUUGAGCAUCAAGAGAGUCUCGAAAAGGGCAAGAGAAUUGUGCAAGUCAAUGAGAAUACAGGCGUUGAGCACGUUUUUAAUACCAAAACACUCAAGGAUCAAUUUGGUAACUACCCAGCAUGGUUCAAGAAGAAGAAGACUGCCAAGCGUCUACGCAAGAAGCAGCACGCACAAAAGAAGAACUUCAAGCAGGCCUGGACAACGGUUAAUGUGCCGCUGUAGAAAGAACUUUUACUUCACUAGUUGUUAAGCAUAAAUCUAGCAUAGACUUGUUAGCAAUAUAGUACUUUUUAUUGCGCAUUAAAGCCUUAAAAUUAUACACAAA